AUGGCAUCGCCGGGCAAACCUCGCGGUAAAGGCGACCUCUCACCGGCGGCGAACGCCGUCCUCCACCAGCCGGCAUCCCCUCGGUUCCAUCCCGGAACUCCCACCUCCGGAGCCCACCGUAAGAUCGCCAUCGCCGUCGACCUCAGCGACGAGAGCGCCUUCGCGGUCAAGUGGGCGGUCCAGAACUACCUCCGCCCCGGGGACGCCGUGAUCCUCCUCCACGUCCGCCCCACCUCCGUCCUGUACGGCGCCGACUGGGGCGCCAUCGACCUCACCGUCGAGGGCGCCGGCGACGAGAGGUCGCAGCAGAAGCUGGAGGACGAUUUCGACAACUUCACCACCAGCAAGGCCAACGACCUGGCCCAGCCCCUGGUGGAGGCGAAUAUCCCGUUCAAGAUCCACAUCGUGAAGGACCACGACAUGAAGGAGAGGUUGUGCCUGGAGGUUGAGAGGCUGGGGCUGAGUGCGGUGAUUAUGGGGAGCAGGGGAUUUGGGGCCUCCAGGAGAAGCAGCAAAGGGAGGCUGGGGAGCGUGAGUGACUACUGCGUGCGCCACUGCGUGUGCCCUGUGGUGGUCGUGAGGUUCCAGGAUGAGAGUGAUGGAGGGGCUGAUGAAUGCGAGCCAGGAUCGGCAAAGGCGGGUUAUAAGGAAGCAUCUGGGCUGCAUCCGGUACCCGAGGAGGAGGAGCCAGUGUAUCUUGAUGCAUCCGAUAAGAAUCCAGGUGAUUUGUGGUUAAUUGUUUGGGUGUUUUGUUUUGUGAUGUUGUUUGGAGAAGAAAAGGAACCCACAAUGGAUGCGAGUAAUGCUAUUCUAGGCUAUGCCAGUUUUUUAUCCCUGAAGUGGGAAUCUGAAGCUGAUCAAACUACUAAAGAUCCUUUUAAGAAACCACUAAAAAUUGGUUUGUUUGAUGUGCAUUGCCAUGUCCUGCCUUUUCUGGAUAAGUUGUUGGUGACUGUUAUGUACUGUUUUUCUGGUUAA